AUGGCCCGACUCACAUUAUCCCUAAGCAAUACACCUCAUGGAAUAAGUAGAAACCGCGGAAUCGAGGCCCGAACAGGCCCUUUCCAAGCCCGGAUGAUCGCUCUCAAGCCCGUAAUCGAGCGUGCCCCGGCACUCCAUCUCCUCGUCAAACUCGCUCACGAACUCCGGCAUCUCAAACCCUAUCCUCCUCACAUAAUCCCACAAAAACUCCACCCUGUUCACUUAAUUACCCGCCGCCGGAGGCGAAGAGUACUCGGCCGAGGGUCGCGAGGAAGAGGCGGGACUGGAGGCCCGGGUGGAGGAAACCUUGACCGGUACGGCGUCGUAUAUGGACCUCAGGGCCGAUAUUCCGGCGAAGUUGUCGGCCCGGUUCACCUCCGUGUUGACGUAAACCACCGAGAACCGCCGCCCCUCCAAUCCCGGAAAAAUCUCGGCCUCCAGUAUUUUCCGAUGAUGCGGAGGAUUGGGCGGCCGCGCUUGUCCCGGCCUUGGAUCUUGAAGAUUUCGAGUUUCCUGAUGAGCUUAUCCUGUUCGGAUUCGGAGAGUAUUGUUGAAAUCAUGGAGGGAAGGAAGGCAGAGAUGAGACAAACAGCCGCACUUAAUGCCACGUUCUCUAACACCUCCGUCAAGACCAUAUCCCCUUACCGUUAA